CUUUUUUAUUUUUUUUAUCUCGUGUGAUGGAGGCUCUUGAUGGUGCUCCAUCAAGAAGAGAAGUGUGCAUCAAGUGGAUCUGGAGAUGACAACAGAUGAGCCGCAGGCAGCAGGCAGAAGCAGGGGCUCUGUGUAUGACAAGGAUUCUACACAACGAUCAGGAUGAUUUCCUGUCACGAUUAUGGAUUUAAUUCGCUAUCAUAAUUUGGAAUUACUUGCAUGCACAAUUUUUAUCUCUUCACUGUUUGUGAUAGAUGGUGCAUCUCCUGACAGGCCGCGUUCACCAGUGGACCAGUGCUCACCAAACCCGUGCCAGAACAGUGCGAUAUGCAGGAUCCGCAGAGACGACUACUUGUGCUUCUGUGUGCCGGGGUUUCAAGGUGCACACUGUCAGAUCGACGUGAAUGAGUGUGCCUCACAGCCCUGCAGGAACGGAGCUACCUGCGUGGACCGAGUGGGCCAGUUCUCCUGUCUGUGUUCUCCUGGGUUCACUGGGGCCAUUUGUGAGGUCCAGAUUGAUGAGUGUCAAUCACAGCCAUGUCUCAAUGGCGGUAGUUGCCACGACUACGCUGGUGGCUUCACUUGCACCUGCCUGCCCGGUUUCCAAGGACACCAAUGCGAAAUCAACAUUGACGAGUGCCAAGAGCAGCCAUGCCAAAAUGGGGCGCUGUGUAUAGAUGGGGUGAACGACUCCAGCUGUGACUGCUCUCACCCAGCCUUCACUGGCAGACGCUGUGAGACCCCACUCCCAGCCUGCCUCUCUGACCCCUGCUUCAACAGCGCCACCUGCCAGGACAACCAGGGUGACUACAGCUGUGACUGCUGGCCAGGGUUUGAGGGGCGUCAGUGUGAUAUUGACAUCAACGAGUGUGGCAGCCAGCCCUGCAUGCAUGGAGGCCGCUGCAUGGAGAGGUCGUGGCAGCCUCUGUAUGGCAGCGAGCCUCUGCUGCCCGAACACUACGACCAGCAGCAUGCUGCGGGCUACAUCUGCAGCUGUCCUCCAGGAACUACAGGUUCCCUCUGCCAGGAGGUGAUAGACCAGUGCGACCCCAGUCCCUGCCACAAUGGGGGCAGUUGUGAGAGCCAUGUUGGAGGUUACAUGUGCCACUGCCAAAAACAGAGUCAUGAUGGCGUCCUCUAUGGAGGUGUAAACUGUGAUGUGAGGAUAGAAGGCUGUGAAGGACAUAAAUGUGAGAACCAAGGCUCCUGCUCUCCUUUCCUGUUGGAUGGGUUUAAUGGAUAUACCUGUUCCUGCUCACCUGGUUACACUGGACCCGUGUGUGGGACCCCCACCACCUUCUCCUUUGAGCGCAGAGGCUAUCUGCUGCUGCAGAGUCCCCUGGUGGAUGAUGUGGUGUCCUGCAACAUUACCCUCAGCUUCAAGACAUCUCUACCAAGAGCGUUGUUGUUCCAGAGUAACAGCAGGGGGCUGCUGCUGAGUCUGGAGCUGCACGAGGGGCAGCUUCGUCUCACACUCAGGAAGGAGGCCUCUGCUGGGGAUGAAGCAGACAGCCCAAGCCAGGUCCUGGAGCUUCCACACAAUGUCACAGAUGGAGAGUGGCACACUGUGGAAGCAGUGCUGGGGAGCUGGAUGCUCAGUUUGACUCUCUUGGAUGAUAAUGGGAGCUGUGGGAGCCAGUCAUGUCACCAGGUGGCCUCAGUCCAAAGCACCAUGGCCAGGCUGGUGUCACCUCCUCAGAACACUUUUAUUGGAGGAGUGCUUCAGGACUCAAAUGCCCCGGGUGAGGUCUCUCCACUUCCAGCAUUCAUUGGAUGCAUGCGGGAUGUGUUUGUGGACUGGCAGCUCAUUGUCCCCGGGGAAUGGCUGAGCGACUCUGCUGUUAAUGUGUCCCCCGGCUGCAGCCACAGGGACCGCUGCCUGGAUGUGCCUUGCCAAAAUGGAGGACAGUGUGUCAACCUGUGGGAGAGCUACCAGUGCAGAUGUCCAAGGCCUUAUGAGGGGCAGGACUGUGAGGAGGAACAUGUGACGACGCGCUUCGGAACCGAUGACUCUCAAAGUUACGCAUCUUUCACUGUCACCGAUGAUCUGGGUGAUGGCCUCUCCAUCUCCCUCUUCCUGCGCACACGGAGGAACAGCGGACUCCUCCUGGCGCUCGCCAACAGCAGCAGCCAGUACCUGCACCUGUGGCUGGAGGACGGCAAGGUCACAGUUCAACUCAAUAACUUUGCGAGCCUGAAGGCGGAGAGUGCGAUCAAUGACGGGGAAAUCCACUUUGUGAGUGUAGAGGUGGAGGAGGAUCGUAUGGCGCUGUAUGUAGCAGAUCAGAAACAAGGAGAUGUAGCAGUCAGGACGAUCAAUGUCCAAGCCGGAGACACUGUGUAUGUAGGAGGUCGCUCUGAGAGUUGGAUGACUUCAGCGUUUGGUGGACAUUUUAAAGGCUGUAUUCAGGACCUGAGGAUCAACGACAGGAGGCUGCAGAUUUUUGGGUUGGACUCCUCAGUGAGAUCUUAUCCUCUGAAGUUCAUAAGAAAUGUGACUGAUGGAUGCUCUGGGGACAAUGCCUGCAGUAUGAACCCAUGUCUAAACGGUGGGCUGUGCUACUCCAUGUGGGAUGAUUUCACCUGCACCUGCCCUCCAAAGACAGAAGGGCGGCGCUGUGAGGAGGUCAGGUGGUGCGAGCUGGCUCCUUGCCCCCCAGACUCAGAGUGCAAGAUGCUUAACCAGGGAUAUGAAUGCUACUCCAAUGCAACUUUCCUGAAUGAGAGCACUGUGUUGGUUUACCGGGGAAACGGCCACAUAUCCCGCAAUAUAACAAGCCUCUCCCUAAACCUACGCACACGGAAGCGUAACACGGCUAUUCUCCACGCGGAGAAGGGCUCCUCUUUCUUCACACUGUCCAUCCAGGGUGGUUUCAUCUUCAUGGAGCUUCAGAGCAGCAGUGGAGAGAACGGAACGGAGGGGGAGGGAGAGCAGGCUGUGACCGCGGUCAGCCUCAGCAGCAGGACGAGUGUCAGCGAUGGAGAGUGGCACAGCAUCAACCUGCUGAUGGCGGCUCCAUGGGCACAGACCUCCCGCUGGACUCUGGUUCCGGAUGAAGAGAUAGAGGAAGCCAGCACUUCCAGGAUGCAGGGAGGCAACCUGAACUUCCUCAGGCAGGGGGUGGACAUCUUCUUAGGAGGCCUGGCCCCUGAUGCUGGGUGGUCCCUGGCUGGGUGCCUGGGGACAGUGGAGCUGGGGGGCAUUGCCCUGCCUUACUUCAGCUCCUCUGAUGUGAACUUUCCACGCCUACAGGAGGAGCGGUUCACCCGGACCUCCCUGCUGACCCCCCUCCACGGCUGCAGCGGGGCCCCGGUGUGUGAGCCCAACCCCUGCCUGAACCAAGGGGAGUGUCAGGACCUUUUCAACAUCUUCAACUGCAGCUGUGCCACGGGCUGGGCCGGGAGGCGCUGCAGCUUCUUCACCGACACAUGCGCUUCCAGUCCCUGUAUCCACGGCAACUGCAGCGUCAACGGGCUGACCUACGAGUGCAGCUGUGAGUCGGGCUACACAGGCGUGGACUGUGAGGAGGAGGUGGAUAUGUGUGAGAAACACCUGUGUGCCCAUGGAGGAACCUGUCUGCAGGGAGCAGACAGAUACGCCUGCCUCUGCCCUGAGAACUACACUGGAUCACUUUGCAAUGAUCGCAUUGAAGAAAUUCCGUGGUACAUUAUAACAUCACGAAAAGUACGGCCUAAGCUGCCUGUUUCUGUGUGUGGAGAUGACACCAGGAACUACACCUGCUUCAAUGGAGGCAACUGCACAGAGCGAGAGCUGUCCUGUGACUGUCCAUCCGGAUUCACUGGACACCGGUGUGAGCAGGAGACUGAUGAGUGCAUGUCCAACCCCUGUCUGAACGGAGGCUACUGCCGCAACCUCAUCAACAAGUUUGCCUGCGUGUGCGAAAUGAGCUUCGCCGGAGAAAUGUGCCAGACGGACUUGACCUCUUCGGGUUUGACCUCUGACCUCUUACUGUCCAUCAGUCUGGUGUCCGUCGUCCUGCUGCUGAUCUUCAUCCUCACCUCCGUCAGCCUGGUGGUGGCGCUAAAUCGCCGCGCCACCCACGGCACCUACAGCCCCAGCCGGCAGGAGAAGGAGGGGUCCCGGGUGGAGAUGUGGAGCAUCACCCAGCCGCCCCCUAUGGAGAGGCUCAUAUGACAUGCACGCUGAUAAUGUGGUUAUUAUAAAAAUGAAUGCUCCCGAUAACAGAUUUAUAACUUAAAGGAAUGCUUCACCCACACAAUUAUAAUUUGUGUAUCAAUGACUCACCCUGUGUUGCCUCGAAAACGUUGGUGUGUUGCUUUCACUGUGAAAGAAAGACUAAACAAAACAGGAAAUGAUUGAUGAAUCAAGGUAACCCGGGAUGAGUAAUACAUGUUUUUAGGGUGAGGUAUUAUUUUAAAGAAUAUCUGCAGCCUGGAUAUAGCCGUGGUCUUCCUUUCCACUUUAAAAUACUGCUGUCUUUCUUCACAUGCUGGAAGACUAUCGGAUCUUGUGUCAUUUCUUUGUGUAAUGGUUCAUCCCAGUGUCUCAUCCAUCUUCCUGGGAUGUUUUGCACCUGGCUUCACCACCCAGCAGUUCAUCCAUCUAAAUGCAAAGAUUUGAGUUGAAAUCGUAUCGAGUCUAUCAUACCUAUUAGUCUGAUCCAUAUUUUUUUUUUACACACAUGGGUUUCAUCUGGAAACAGGCAGAAUGAGUUAGACAGUUCUUCAUUAGAGGAUAAAUAUGUUUUUUGUUCCAUGUUCCUUAAGAGACGGAGUAACACUCGUUUUUCAACAUUAAUCCCAUUGGUUCCUACUGAAUACAUUCAUCUUUAAAACAAAUAAAAAAGGCUCUGUAAUCUCCUAAAUCAGCUAGGCACUAAUUUGAUAUGAAGUGUUACAGGACUAAAUAGUACAUUUCUUAAGAUCCGUUUUUAUCUGCGGAUUAAUACACAUUUGCUAUUCAACUCAAUAUUUAAUGAAGCAACAGAGUGUAUGUGAAAUUAACUCAAUUCAGUGUUUUGGGUCUUUUCAAGGUCUCUGACAAUAAGACAAAUAUAGAAUACCACCAUACUUAUCCUUCAAAUUCAUUCACUUCCAUCGAUGUGUCUUCAUUAUUGCAUCAAAGCAUUCAAAAUCCAUAAGUGUUACAUGUCUAUACGCUGUUUCUUGCUGCCAGUUUUUAUUUAUUUUGAGGGUAUAUUUCAAUAAGAAAUACUCUCACUCCUCACUGACAGAAUAAUGUAAUUUAGAAGUCAGGUUUUAAGACACAUUAGCUGAGAGUAGUUUCUUAGUUUCCUCUGGGUCGACUUGUAUGUACUUAGUUAGCUGUAGUGUCAUUUUAAAUUGUAUAUACCAUAAUAGUGAUGAUUUUUGUUUAUCAUGUUUGAGACUGUGAAUUUUAUUUCUACCUUUAAUUGUUGGAAGCUAUACAAAAAAUGUUCUGGUUAAUAAAGUUAAUUUAUUUUAUGUCGACACAAUGUUACGUAUUUUCUAGUGUUGCUAACUGUAUUACUGUUAGAGAGCAUUAGCAUUUUCUUUCUUUGUAUGCAAUAAUAAAUUCA